AUGAAGAAGCCACCUAGUAGCACUGAAGAGAAGACAUUUGCACCUUCAGCGGUUCAUUGGCAGAGGCAGCAGACUCCUGAACUCAGCUUGGAUGAGAAUAAAGGAGGAUAUGUGGUGACCAAGUUCUACCAGCACAUCCUGGCCUUGGUGUUUGCCAUCCAUCAGAUUAAUGAAAAUCCCAAGAUCCUGCCCAACAACACCCUCGGCUUCCAGAUCUAUGACAGCUAUUUCAAUGCGAGGAUGACAUACCGUGCCACUAUGGACCUUCUCUUCAAAUCAUAUCAGAUGAUUCCCAACUACAGAUGUGGUACCCAAGGAAAUAUUAUAGGAGUCAUUGGUGGACUGAGUGCUGACAUCUCUUAUCACAUGGCAGAUCUUUUUCGUCUUUUCAAGAUUCCACAGUUUGCAUAUGGAUCAUUUGAAGUAGCAGCAAGUGAUGGAUCUCACUUAACCUCCUUUUACCGAAUGGCCCCCAAUGAAGCUCUUCAAUACCAGGGAAUUGUCCAGCUACUUCGGCAUUUUCACUGGAAAUGGGUUGGCCUCAUCACGAUGAAUGAUGAACAUGGAGAGUAUUUCUUGCGCACUAUUGAGCCAAUACUUUCCCAGAAUGGAAUCUGUUCAGAAUUCACAGAAAGACUCCAAGCCAAUUGGCAGUUCUCUGGGAUAGAGAGCGUUCUCAAUGAAACCAUCAGUCAUAUUCCCCUUUUCAUGAAGAAAAAGGGCACUGUGGUUGUUACACAUGGAGAAAGUACAAACAUUCUCUCAUUGGCUACUAUUAUGCUGAUAGCCACACUCUUUCCUUUAUCAGGUCAGGACUACAGAGAGAUUCUUCAUACUAGCAAAGUGUGGAUUACAACAGCGCAAAUUGAUUUCACCUUGCAUAUCCUUCAAAAGGCUGUUGGUAUGCAGAUGUUCCAUGGUGCACUUUCCUUCACAAUCCAUGCAAAACAGCCUCCAGGCUUCCAUAGUUUUCUGCAGAGAAUCAGCCCUUCUGCAACAAAAAAAGAUGGAUUCAUCACACUUUUCUGGGAACAGGCUUUUGGGUGCUUUAUGCCAAAUUCCAAAACACUAGGAGAUAUGAAUGAAAUAUGCACUGGAGUAGAGAUGUUAGAUAGCCUACCUUCGCCUCUCUUUGAAAUGAGCAUGACUGGACACAGUUACAAUAUCUACAAUGCCGUCUAUGCUAUAGCCCAUGCCUUGCACACCUCUCUCAUGGCCAUGUCCUCCCAUAGAGCAAGAGGGGGUAGGAGCAGGCUCGCAAUUCCAAGUUUGCAACCCUGGCAGCUCAGUAUGUGGAUUCAGAGAUUCCCAUUCAACAACAAUGCUGGAGAGGAAAUUAGGCUGAAUGAGCAUGGAGAGGUGGUGGGUGCAUUUGAAGUCACAAACCUGGUUGUAUUCCCAAAUGACUCCUACAUCAGAGUCAUAGUGGGAAGGCUGGAUCCUCAUGCUCCUCCAGAGGAACAACUCACCAUUAAUGAGACAAGAAUCCAUUGGCCAAGGCACAUGGCUCAGGUGCCACCUCUUUCUCUGUGUAAUGACUUCUGCCAUCCUGGGUACAGCAAGAAGAAGAUUGAAGGGAACAAAUUUUGUUGCUAUGACUGUGCCCCAUGUCCUGAUGGGAUGUUCUCAAACCAGGAGGACGUGGAAAAAUGCAUGAAUUGUCCAGGAAGUCACCAUCCCAACAAAGUCCAGGAUCAAUGCACACCAAAAGUGCCGAACGUCUUAGCCUUUAAAGAAACAUUGGCCAUCAUCUCAGUAUCUUCUGCAGUUCUGUUGUCUCUGCUCACAGUCCUGGUGCUUGGCAUCUUCAUUAAGCAUCAAGACACUGCCAUCGUCAAAGCAAACAACCAGAGCCUCACCUACAUUCUCCUCAUCUCACUCCUCUUCUGUUUCCUCUGCUCCUUGCUUUUCAUCGGGAAGCCUAACACUGUGUUCUGCCUUCUGCGACAAACCGCGUUUGGCAUGGUCUUCUCUGUGUGCCUCUCCACCAUCCUGGCAAAAACUGUAUCUGUGGUGCUGGCAUUCAUGGCUACCAAACCAGGAUCCCAGAUGAGGAAGUGGGUGGGGAAAAAACAGGCCUAUGGCAUUGUCUUCUCCUGCUCCAGCAUUCAAGCGGGCAUCUGUGCUCUCUGGCUCAUGACUUCUCCCCCAUUCCCAGAUCUGGACAUGCACUCCAUGCCUACAGAAAUUAUCCUGCUCUGCAAUGAGGGCUCAGUCCUCAUGUUCUAUUGUGUCUUGGGCUACAUGGGGCUGCUGGCUGGAGUCAGCUUUGCAGUGGCCUUCCCGGCCAGGAAGUUGCCUGACAGCUUCAAUGAGGCCAAGUUCAUCACCUUCAGCAUGCUGGUCUUCUGCAGCGUCUGGGUCUCCUUUGUUCCCACCUACCUCAGCACAAGAGGAAAGUCCAUGGUGGCCGUGGAGAUCUUCUCCAUCCUGGCCUCCAGUGCUGGCUUACUGUGCUGCAUAUUCUUCUCCAAAUGCUACAUUAUUGUGCUGAGGCCUGAGCUCAACAAAAGAGAGCAGGUCAUGCGAAGAAAGAUUGUGGUGACAAAGUUCUACCAACACAUCCUCGCCUUGGUGUUUGCCAUCCAUGAGAUUAAUGAAAAUCCCAAGAUCCUGCCCGACAUCACCCUCAGCUUCCAGGUCUAUGACAGCUACUCUAACCCAAGGAUGACCUACCAGGACAGUAUGGACCUGCUCUUCAAAUCACACCAAAUGAUUCCCAAUGAUAAAUGUGGUACCCAAGGAAAUUUUAUUGGAAUUAUUGGGGGACUGAGUACUGACAUCCCUUAUCGCAUGGCAGAUCUCUUCCACCUUUACAAGGUCCCAGAGCUCCACUCAUGGGUUCAAAGCAUCCCAUUCAACAACAAUGUCGGAGAGGAAAUUAGAAUGAAUGAGAAUGGAGAGGUUGUGGGCGACUUUGAAGUCACAAACUUGGUUGCAUUCCCAAAUGAUUCCUUCGUCAUGGUCAAAGUGGGAAGACUGGAUCCUCAUGCUUCUCCAGAGAAACAACUCAACAUUAAUGAGACAAGACUCCAGUGGCCAAGACACAUGGCUCAGGUGCCUCCUCUUUCUCUCUGCAGUGACAUCUGCCAUCCCGGGUAUAGCAAGAAGAAGAUUGAAGGGAACAAAUUUUGUAGCUAUGACUGUGCCCAAUGUCCUGAUGGGAUGUUCUCAAACCAGGAAG